AUGAUUAAACAACAGCAACCACAGCAACUUAAGGCGCAAAGCACCCAGGUCCUUCAGACCAUUACAUACGCCAUAUAUGCAUAUAAUUCAAAGAUGGCAGAACAAACACAAAGGUUGAAAUAUGGAGAUUUGGAGAUAGUAUUGAAAAAUGAGCGUUUCGAAUUCGUUUGCAAAGGUGGUGCAGUGAUAUCAAAUAUAAAAGAAAUUUUAUUUAUGAAUUCAAAAAUUAAAGGAAUAACAGAUGAUAUAACAUCAAUUCCACCAGAAGAACAAAGAUAUUACGCAUUAAAUGCAUUUCCUAAAGUUUUGAAGAUUGGAAGAUUUAAUUUAAAUGAGGAAUUCAUAAAAGGUUUCCUAAACGACAUAAUGAAGAAGGCAGAUAAGGAAUAUGUGGAUGAAAAAGAUAAUGAAAUUAAAGAAAGGGUUGAAUGGUAUCAUGAAUGGACAUUGAAGACUUUUAAAGUUAAAGCUGAUACAGGAUGGGUUUCAGGAUGUUUAGACCUUAAAGCGGAUAAAACUUAUGUUAAUGAUGAGUUAAUGAAGAAAGCGGAUAAAACUUAUGUUAAUGAUGAGUUAAUGAAGAAAGUGGAUAAAACUUAUGUUAACGAAAUAUACCAAAGUUUGAUAGGAACAACAAAAAAUAUUGAAACUAUUGUUGGUGACUUUUCUGUCAAUGAAGAAAAUAAAUAUUUUAGAUGGCAGUUUGUACAGUCCUUAAAAAAUGGUACACGGUGUAAACUCAUUCCGAAAAAUAACAAUGAAAUGUAUGUAAGCUAUAAAAAGAAUAAUGGUACACAAGUUAAAGUUCCAUUAGAUAACAACUGUUACUUAAACUUAUAUGGAGACGAACAAAAGAAAUAUUUAAGAGUUUAUGAAAUGGCAGAUAUGACAUUGUCUGACCCAGCUCCAGCACCAUAUUAUUAUGACUAUGGAGAUGACGACAGAACACCACAUGUAGAUGAACAAAAGCUAACAUUAUAUUUAGAUUAUUAUAGAUAUAAAAGAUAUAAUGCAAUAGAAAAAACGAGAAUAGUAUAUUAUUAUACAGAUGACAGAAAUAAAUAUUAUA